GGCAGACACCUCGGGCGGUUAGAUGUUCAGGUGGGCGAGCACUUUAAGGAAAUAAAGCAAGUGACCGCGUCUCCAAUUUCAAUCUCAUGCCAAACCUGUGCCACUGUGCUAUACUCCUAGGUCAUCUUCCUUGCCUGCAGGGUCUUCUACGUAAUGAUGGGUCCAGCAGAGGCUGUAACAGCCUACUAAUGGCGAUCAACCUAUGUCAUCGCGCAGUCCCCGCCAUCAAGGUACUUGUUGCAUCCAUUCGAUUACAUGCGGGACUGCUUCCGGCAGAAAGGCUAAGUGUUCUCUUCGGUUGGGACGAGUUUCACGCACCUCAGGCGGAGCCUGCUACUAUGGCGCCCGGAUUGGCACGGUUCAAGGCCGCGGGAGGCACGCGGUCUUCCGUCCGACCCAAAAUCAUAUCUUAUUCUCAUAAACAUAUGAAGAAGCCUAGAAGGAUCCUUUGGGCAAUGACGUUGAAAAGCACCGGCCGGUUGGGACUUGUAUCCCUGACAGGAUGGCUGACAACGAUGGUACCUUCAGUUCAGAGGCACUCUGCGAUGCACCCCAGCGGGACGCAGAGAGGUUGAGAAAGGUGGGAGUUCCUCUUAUCUCAUGUGUUGUUGCGUCUUCGUGUUACCAAUUUUGGAAGCUGCAGACAGGCU